ACAGCGCGAGAGGCUCGUGCUAGGGGCGGGACGAAGGAGCGGGCAGCCCAUCAGGCGGGUGCAUCGUCAGAGGAAAGCCAAUCGCCAGUCUAGCAUUUAUUCUGAAGCCAAAGGGGGCGGGGCGAGAAGUCAACACAACAGUACCUGUGGAGAGAAAGCUUUGGUGCUGCUGAAGUCUGGUACCUGGGAGAGUCUGAGACCUGUGUAUCUAAUUGCCUAGUGGACAUCUCCACGCAUCCAGAACUUUCUUUCAAGACUUAUCUCGGUCAGUGCAGGUUGGGUUUACUUCACAAGGAUCACGACUUCAGCCACCCAUCCUUGGGUUGCCGGAAUCUGUCUUCGUGGGGGGCCCGUCGGUAAGACCACACUUCCCAGAAUUCCAUGCGAUGUAAGUGCGUUCAGCGCACAGAAACAACCACUCCCAGAGUUCCGUGCGCGCCCCUAGCGGGCGGUGCUUUUGUUGGCGACUCCGGCAAAGAGGCGAUGGCGGAGCCGUCGGGGUCUCGGCACCGUUCGCUGUACAAGCUGCUGGGCUCGCCGUCUUGGAAAGAGGCUUUCAGGCAGAGAUGCCUGGAGAGAAUGAAAAACAGUCGGGCCAGACUCCUGAACAGGUACCGCCAGACUGGAGGCAAUAUGCCAGGGAGAGCUCAGAACACCUUUGUAGUGCAAGAGGUGAUGGAAGAAGAGUGGAUGGCUUUGCAGUCAGUGGAGAACUGUCCAGAGGCUUUGGCUAAGUUGGAGGUGAUGGACCUGGCUGUAUUGGAAGAAAUCGAGCAGGAGCUGAUUGAGCAAGAACAGUCCAUCAUCAGCGAAUAUGAGAAGAGCUUGCAGUUUGAUGAAAAGUGUCUCAGCAUCAUGCUGGCUGAGUGGGAGGCAAACCCCCUCAUCUGUCCUGUGUGUACAAAGUACAACCUGAGAAUCACAAGCAGUGUGGUCAUGUGUCAGUGUGGCCUGUCCAUCCCAUCUCACUGUCCGGAGUUGACAGAGCAGAAGGUUCGUGCCUAUUUAGAGGCAAGUAUAAAUGAGCACAGUGCACAUUGUUCCCACACACCUCAAUUUUCAGUCACUGAAGGAAUAGAAGAAAAGUCCAGUCUUCUUAUGAGCUGUCUGGUAAGCCUCUCAUGGGACCCAGUGCGUGGCUUGUGAUACUUGGGCUGUGAUCCUCUAAACAACUCAUUCACUCUUGAGAAGGAGCCUUGUAUAUACAAACCUUUUAUUUGUAACUUUUUUGUAUUAAAACUUUUCAAACAUC